UAGUAUGUGGAGAAAACUGUAACAUGAACUAAUAUUUUGUUGGUGGAGAAUAUUUUUAAGAUAGAAAAUCUACACGAAGUGGAUAUAUUAUAAAAUUUGAAGUAUAUUUUUAGAUAUAAGAUAGAUAUAUUCAUUGAAGGUCGAUUCUGUCUGUUAAGGAUUUUCUAAAUAAACAUUGGAUUAUUAAUCAUAACAUUUAUCACGUUAAGUACUUUUUAUAUGAAAGUGUUUAAAGGGUUGAUAUUGGAGACAUUGUCAUUCAUGAAUACCCUUUAUAUCUUUAGCUGGAGGCACUUGACAAUAUCUGUAUUUGUUUUUUGACAAGCAUAAAACUUAACACACCAAGUUUACGUUGACUGUUUAGUUGCCGAGAUAUUAAAGACUGUCAGAUUUAUUGCAUUUUAAAGUGUUCUUUAAAACCUUGCUUGACACUCUAGUAAAGAAAUAUGACAGCCCGAACCCCACCUCCUUAUAGCUCCAUAAAUGUUGGUAAAGAACCCAAAGAAAAUAAAACCGAAAAUUCCGAUAUAAUCGAUUACAAUGGUACACUUGCAAACAAAGCGGGGAUUAACCAAUCACCGGUGGGUGGUAAUAAUUCAAAUACUACUGCAAUCGAGAAUAGACCGUUGAAUCGAGGACAUAGGCCUUUUCCUAGUGACAAUUUCGGUGCUUUAUUUGAUAUUGAAUAUUAUCAUUUACCUUAUACUAAGAAAAAAGAAAUAAAGAAGGAGGAACCUGUAAAGGAUGCAAAUGACACUGUAGCUAAGGAAUAUCAAGGUGAAAAUACUACUGAAAAUAGAAAGGAUUCUGAACUAGACAUGGCGUACGAAGGACGAAGAGUCGAGGAGUUAGAAAUGAGAAAUAAACAGCACUCGGCCAAAAUUCACGAGUUAGAAAGAGAAUUGAGAAAUGUUAAAAUGGAAAGUAAUAGGAUUAAAGGACAGUUUUCCGUUCAAGAUGGACCGUAUACAAAUAACGGAUUUACUGAAAGAGGGGUUUCGUAUGAUAGGAGCCCAGAACGAUACCAGGAAAGACCCGACUAUUAUCCUGACCCGAGAUACUCUGAAGCUCAAGGUAACCCACGAGACCAGGCUCCGCAAGAUCCGGCCGGUCGACCACAGUAUAAGAAUGAGCAGCACAGAAUUACACAUCGGCCCGGGGGCGCUGAUGGGGAAUCUUACUGGGGUUUUAAUAAGUUCUACAACCCUCAGUACGUCACAGCCUACAGGAGGGAACAUAUACCUUUCUACGCAAAAGCUGAAGAGAAAGAAAAGCAAACACAAUACGAUGAUGAUUACAAUUAUCUACACGAGUUACAACGGCGACAGGAGGAAGAAUGGCGCCGUAAGCGCAUAGAGGAAGAGGAAUAUCUAAUGAAGGACAAACCCAAAACGUUUGAAUAUACUGCUCCAUACCAGUCCUCGAAUCCGCCACGGGACAUCAAUAAGUAUUUCCACGACUCAAAAUAUCUGAUGCCAAAACCGGAAGAGAAACCCGAUGAGUAUUAUUUUGGUGCCAAUGCUCCGUUUAAACAAAAUCCAGGGACAGGUGUGUCGACAUAUGAACGUGCUUUUGUUUCCCCACGUUACGGAUAUGUGCAUGAACAACGGGCAGGUGGACUCUACAUUAUUCGCUUUCAGGACAACGACACUGCGUAUGAAGACGUCGUUGUGGCCCUAAGACAACUGCAGCCCAUAAUCAAAAGCAACUUUGGUUAUAUUCUUGGUAUUGCUAGGAAACAUCAUGUGUACCCAAUUGAAGGUGACCCGGGUUGGUUGUUUUCAAAGGCACAGCAGCAUCGGCACCCAGGAAUUCGCAUUCCGUGCAAGAAUGUUGAGGAAGCAGUUGCUGUGUUUUGGUUUCCGAACAAAGAUAAAGCAAAGGCCGUCUUUGACAAUAGCUUUCACAAUCGUUUUAAGGAUCCCUGCUUCCCAACGCCACAUUCGUUUGAAGCAUAUUAUAUUCCUUUGUUGACGCCGCCUAUUCUUAGCAACUUGAACACGUACCUAGUUAUUGAGGUUUUGAAUGCACGGAGAUAUUACACUGAAGAUCUUCAGGACUUCCAGACAAAGGCAGGCGAGGCCAUUUCGCAGUUCACCAAAACCAAUUUACGAUUUAUUGCAUCUGCACUUGAGGGACGGGCAGACUUUAAACCAAAGACGUUGUUUGACGGUAAAAGUAAAGUGUUCAUCAGUCGGUUUGACUCGAUGGUUCAGCUUUCCGAGCUGUGGGAAACAAAAACUAUACAGAACAUAUUAGGCGGCUCUGGAAUCACAGGACCUAGGAAUGUCUGGGCAUUUUCUCUACAAGAUUGGGAUGACAAUAUGUGAUUUCGGAGGAGAACAUGCAAUUGAUUGAGAAUUUUAGACCAAGGUCUUGAUGUUGUGAAAUGUGGACAUAUCUAAAUAAAUAGAGGACUUUCUAGUUGCAAUGAUUCAUCAAUAUCUAAUGAUGCACAAUUACGUUAACAUGUGUACAGGCAUCGUAUACACAAAUAAAGGGAAAUCUUGUGGCUCAUUUUUCAUUCCAUGAGUUGUCAUAUAAUUUUUUUUUACUUUAAUUCGGAAUGGUCUAAUAACAAUUCAAUAAGGAACAUUUGUUUUGAAAUUUGUUCAUAACGGGCUCAAUUUCACUGUAAAUAUACAUAUUUAUACGUUCAUAGAAAAUAUGGAGACAGGCCGUAAUAAGUUGUUGGGAAAACAUUUUUACUUUUUUGUUAUUGCUUUUAAUGUUUACGACGUUCGCUAAUUGUUAAGGACAUGAUAAAAUAGAUAAUUAUGAUGACUCUUUUGGUUUUUAUGUUGAAGUUAGCAGAAUAAUAGACAUGUAAUCAGUGUAAAAUGCUUGAUAUGUUUUAUUUUAGUUUUAUAUUGCCAUUCUGUGAUAAUAUUUUGUGUUUAAGACUCAGUUUUAUGUAUAUUUUGAGUAUUGUUUUCCUUUAAUUUCUUUUGAUAUUUGAUCUUUACAUAUAAUAAAUCAGUUACGUUCUUAAAGAUGUACUAUAUUCAUUUUGUCACGAGGAAAAAUUUUAGUACUUAUUAUUUUGAGUGGUUAUCAUGAUUUCGAAUUCAUUGAAUCAUUUGAACCCCAGUUUAAGAAGUGGUAUUUCCCUGAAAAUAUUAGGAGAACCCUAAAAAACGUUCCUUUCCCUAUUGGCAGUAGACAUCUUAUCAAACUUUUAUCAAUAUAUCUAAUUGAACUGUCAAAAUGACUUUUUUUCCUUUACCUAUUGCUAUUUCUUAGAAAAGUAGGUUCUUUCGGUCUUAAGGGGGAGGGGUGGCAAAGCAUAUCUUGGUCCCAACUCUCCUACGCCUAUGUAUUUAUGUUUUCACAAAUUAAGUCAAAAUGCAACAAUCUACAACAUUCUGUCGAAUUCGUUCCAUACGUACAAACUAAAAUAUUUAAAUAUUAGUAUUUGAUAAAGCCUAAAGGCUGUAAUAAACAAACAAAAAGUAUGAAUGUUUAUUUACUUUAAAAUUUGAUGAAAAGUAUUAUAUUGCUGUCCAUAGCAUUCUGAUUCUGUGCGUAAAUCAGUCAUUGCAUGGAAAAGGCUUUAAACUUUGAACGAGUGGCUAGAUUUCAAUUUCAUAUGACAAAACGCGAAUAAACGUAAGAGCAAUAUAUGCCGUACAUUAUAAUGUAGAAUAUAUAGAUAGAAAUGUAUACUGUACAUGUGAGAAUAUACAUUAUGAUUAAACAAUUCUAUAAAUAAUU